UGUUGUUGAUUUUUGUUCUCCUUUUGUAUCUCUCUUUUGUCCGGUUCCACCUUCUCCUCCAUUUUACGUGCGUGUAGCGCCACCAGACAGAUCCCAGCACCAGUCCAUUAUUCAGAGAGGUUCCUUGCAUUCCAAACUGUCAGUUUCAGAAAUACGUUCUCCAUCUCACAUGAGUAAUCUGAAUCGCUCGGCGUCUCUCUGCUACCAUGAGCGCACCGAGUCCAUCUCGUCCAACAUCAGUGGGAGCAACAACCAACUUAAUGUCGUCGCGAGUUCCCAGAACCUCUCAGACUUCAGUGUUCGUGCCCUUACAGAUCUCCAGUAUGUCAAGAUCACACGCCUCCAGUACCAAAACGGUCUCAUGGCCUCCCGCCUGGAGAGCUGCCCCCAAUCCCCCGAUGGGAGCCCCCCCAAGCCGGACCCCUCCUUGCCCGACAAGGGGAGCCCCCUCUCCAGCAACGAGAUGAUUGGCCUCUUGAACGAAAAGAACUGCCAGCAGAAUCAAAAGACGAACCACAAUCCUUCUGACAACGUGGUCUGACCCCGGCCUUCCGGGCGGUUGGGCCUUCGGUCCAGCUGGCUUUAUUUUUCCCCCUUUUCCCAAAGACAUGAAGAAGUGCUCGCCGAAGACCUCGAUUGUGCCGUCUCAUCAACCUCAGGUAGCAGCUUCCACCUGCGCUCUCUUGGCACACUCUUUCCGGCUCGCCUGCCCUGUUUUUUUUAUUUUUUUUUUAUUUUCCAGCUAGGACAGCCUUGGAAAGCAACAGCCCAGCCACCUAUUCUAAGGUGAGUGCUGGGUCACCUGCAGAAUUCUUCGUUCUUUCCUGUCUGCAUCCAAGCGAGCUGGAUUAGCAGGACGAGCAGAUUUUCUCUUCCCUGCGCUGGUUUUUAACUCAGCCGAGCGGAAGGCACGAAGCCAGG